GGUGGGAGGUAAUCCUUACCCUGACAGCCACUCCCACAGACGGCUCUACUCGCCCGCUCAGCUUGAGUUGCCUCUCAUGCUGCAGCUAGACUAGUCGCUCCAUCUCCAACAACAGCAGUCAUGGCGACAGUGGUUCAACCGCUCACUCUGGAUCGAGAUGUGGCCAGGGCGAUCGAGCUGCUGGAGAAGCUGCAGGAGUCUGGGGACGUCCCGGGCCACAAGCUCCAGUCCCUGAAGAAGGUGCUGCAGAGUGAGUUCUGCACAGCCAUUAGAGAGGUGUACCAGUACAUGCAUGAAACCAUCACAGUAAACGGCUGCCCAGAGUACCAGGCCAGGGCCACAGCUAAGGCCACAGUGGCUGCAUUUGCCGCCAGCGAAGGCCACUCCCACCCCAGGGUGGUGGAGCUGCCCAAGACGGAGGAGGGGCUGGGCUUCAACGUGAUGGGCGGGAAGGAGCAGAACUCCCCUAUCUACAUCUCUCGCAUCAUCCCAGGGGGCGUGGCCGAGAGGCAAGGCGGUCUGAAGAGAGGAGACCAGCUGCUGUCUGUCAACGGCGUGAGUGUGGAAGGGGAGCACCACGAGAAGGCGGUGGAGCUGCUGAAAGCCGCUAAAGACAGCGUGAAGCUGGUGGUGCGCUACACGCCCAAGGUGCUGGAGGAGAUGGAGGCGCGCUUCGAGAAGCUGCGCACCGCCCGCCGCAGGCAGCAACAGCAGCUGCUCAUUCAGCAGCAGCAGCAGCAGCAGAACCCCGCCGCCCAGCAGAACCACACGUCGUAGGUUGUUCCAGAAGAAAUGAUCUCAGAGACCAUCUAUCAGAGAGGAGGAUCCCAAAGGAAUACCCAAGUAACAGAACAAACUGGAAACAAGUGAAGACUCUCUCUCUCUCCCUCUAUCGAUUGUCUCUAUAUAUCUAAUACCAUCUAUCUAUCUCUCUCUUUAUCUAUUCUACUCUAUGUUUCUAUUUCCCUCUCCAGCUCUCACUUUUUUUUCUCCCUUUCAGUGUAUUACCAACAGUAACCAGGCAAAAACUGAGAGAUGUUUGUUUCCUGAAAUGUCAACAUUGGUUCUUUUGAAACAUGCACGAUGACCUGGGGGGUAUUCCAGAAAGCAGGUUAUGUGACACACCCGGGUAAGUUAACUCCCCAGCUGACACCCAGCA